AUGGACCAGCUCACCAGCCACAUACUCGAGAAGAAAGUCAAAGAGUUCAUCGACUCAAUCGAGCCAUCUCUAAUCUGCGAGUUGGCCUCCUCCUUGCACCCUGAGAAAAAAUCAUGUAAAAUCUUCUCAGACCCGAAGAAAGGGAGCUAUAAUGUCUGCUUUCCCAUUGUGUUUACAGAGCAGAUUCCCAAUGCUGCCGAGCCUGCGUCAACGCAGGAGACGACCGAACGAUGGAUGAUCAGAAUUCCCUUGCUUCCGCGUCUCGCUUUUCCCGAGGAGAAGCUGCGAAGCGAGAUAGCAACAAUGAAGUUCAUCGCUGAGAAAACCACGAUUCCUAUUCCACGGCUGUACCAUUAUUCCAUAAACCGAGAUAACAUCCUUAACCUUCCGUUUAUGGCCGUAGAGUACAUCAUGGGCAAUACACUCCACGGAAGGAUAUCAAAACUUCCUAAAGAGCAGGAGCUGUAUCUUUACGGCCAGCUUGCAGAUAUAUACCUCCAACUUCACCGCCACCAGUUUGAUCGUAUUGGUGCCCUCACGCUGGACAGCAAUGAUGAAAAUUGGGUUUUUGAACACAACCGGCCGCUCACUAUUGAGCUAAACGACCAAGAACUCAGUGGCAUGAAGGGUUCCGAGAUAAUCCCAGCCCAUCAGACUUACAGUUCCACGAUUGACUAUGUCUAUACUGUUAUGAAAUUGGUCUUCAACGACUUCUACCAUUCGAGAGAUAGCGUUUUCAACGAGACGGAUGCACGGAACUAUCUAUACGGCAUAUUUGCAUCGCAAGGCAUUGUGAUGGAAUGGGUAGACGAAAGGGAUAACCAUGGACCAUUCCUUCUGAUGCACGGGGAUCUUCGACCUCCCAAUAUCUUCGUGGAUGAUGACCUGAACAUCACCUCCGUCAUCGAUUGGGAAUGGAGCCACACAGUCCCAUCGCAAAUGUUUAUUCCACCGUCCUGGAUAUGUGGCCAGGAACUUCCAGCUGCAACUACAAAGCCCUACCACCUUGUACUUGACGUAUGCGUUUCUCAGUUUCAGCGAGCCGCAAGAGAGCAGGAAGACCAACAUUAUAACCCGGAUAAGAAGCUGAAACUUUGUCUUCCCCUGGUCAAACUAUGGAACAGGCAUCUCAAAUCGGAAAAGUUGUUCAUUGCCUACGCUCUUUUAAAGCCAUGCUACCUUGGCAAUGUCUACUGGAACCUUCUGGACGACAUAUAUCACGGAACAGACAGUGGAGAAAGGGUGGAUGGUUUCUAUAAACUCAAAGUUCGUAAACGACAGGAAAAAGAACUGCAGAGAGUACUGUCCGACCUCGAGGCUUACAAGAAGGAGUUAGCACUGGCAGGAUUAGAACCAACCCAGCCGGCUGCUCCUCUGGUACUUAAGCCAGCGGAAGGAAACGAUUCUAACACCUUGUCUAAGAGCGGCGAAGAUGAGGAUUCAGCUAUCUACAGGAUUUGGAAGAAACUCGACAUCAAAAACACACUGAGCCCACUUCAUUGCUGGGUUCCCUGCUCGCUGGUUGGUGUCAGUAUCAUAGUCUGUUGUAUCAUAGCUAAACGGCGACGAUGA